AUGGUUCCAAACAACACCAGAAAUGCCAAAGCAAGAAUGAACAAAGAUAUUCCAAGGCAUCGUCCAGCGGCUCUAUUGGGUUGUAAGAGCCAAAAAUCUGUCAAAGUUGCAGGAGAUGCCCACAAAACAUAUCAUCAUGAGAAGACCAACUUCGACCAACAGAUGAUGCGCCACAGCAGGCCAGAAGCAUUCGUGCCAGCAACAAGGUUUCAAGCUGAGACUUCCCUUAAUAAUUUGACAGGCUUUGGCUCAAGUGUGCAGAGAGGCACCUUUCUUCAGACGUGA